GAGCCCUGCGUAGUGCAGCAGCAGUAAUUGAGGGAGGAUGGCAUCGAGAGGAGCAGGAGUAGGGUUAGAGAUGGAGAAGAUGAGUUUGGAGCAGCUUAGAGCCCUAAAAGAGCAAGCCGAUCUCGAAUUCAACCUCUUUCAGGACAGCCUCAACAACAUUCGCACUGCCACGGCCCGCCUCGAAAUCGCCUCCACAGCCCUCCACGACCUCUCCCUCCGCCCCCAAGGGAAGAAAAUGCUGGUACCUUUGACGGCGUCGCUUUAUGUUCCUGGAUCGCUGGAUGAUGCUGAUAAGGUGUUGGUGGAUGUAGGCACUGGUUACUUUAUAGAGAAAACAAUGGUGGAAGGAAAAGAGUACUGUGAGCGAAAGAUUAACUUGCUCAAGUCUAAUUAUGAUCAACUUCUUGAGGUUGCCACUAAGAAGAAAAGCAUUGCAGAUGAAACUGGGGCAAUAUUACAAGCGAAGUUGAAGCAAGUAGCUCCCAUACAAUAAGUAUGUCUUCUUGUUGUAACAUCCGAUGGCAUUUAAACCUUGAAUCAACGUGUUUAUCUUCAAAGGAGGAGAAUAGUUGGAACUAUAAUUUUGCCUUUGUUGAAGAAGAAAGGAUUACAAAAGAAUGUAUCUCACGAACUCAUUGACUCUUUUUUUUUUUUUUUA